AUGGAGGCGCUGGAGCUGGAGCUGCUGGAGGUGCUGGAGCCGCUGGUCCCGGAGGUGCUCGUACUGGAGGUACUGGAGCUGAUGGAGCUGGAGGUGCUGCAGGCGUUGGAGCUGGAGGCACUGGAGCUGUUGGAGCUGGAGGCGCUGGAGCUGGAGGCGCUGGAGCUGGAGCUGCUGGAGGUGCUGGAGCCGCUGGUCCCGGAGGUGCUCGUACUGAAGGUACUGGAGCUGCUGGAGCUGGCGGUGCUGCAGGCGUUGGAGCUGGAGGCGCUGGAGCUGGAUCUACUGGAGCUGGAGGUGCUGCAGGCGUUGGAGCUGGAGGCGCUAGAGCUGGAGACCCUGGAGCUGGAGGUGCUGGCCCUGGUGGUGCUGGUGCUGUCGGUGCUGGUUCUGGAGGCACUUCCUAGUGUCACGCGUCUUCUAGCCACUGUUGUCACUGACCCUUCGUUUGAGUCCACUGCUGCGUCUGCUCUAGUUGCUGAGCUUGUUGACUUUGCUGCUGCAUGUCGCCUCGACUACGCCGCUAGUCUUGCUGCUGAGUCUGAGUCUGUCUGUCCUCCGUCCGUCGGGGGUGAGUGUGCUCUUGGCACGGACGUCCUUGAGGACAGGCAGGAGGACUUUGAGUGUUUUGCAGCUGCUGUACCUCAUCUCGUGUUCAUGCUGAUUGCACCUGAGGGAGACCCGGAUGCACCAGACAUCCCGACCCCGCGCUCUUACCUAGAGGCGAUUUCGGGUCCCUACUCCUCUCAGUGGCAGACAGCCAUGGACGCAGAGAUUGCAUCCUGGAAGUCCACAGGCACUUACGUCAACGAGGUUCCCCCUCCUGGGGCGAACAUAGUCGAUGGCAUGUGGAUUUUCAGGGUGAAGCGGCCGCCGGGUUCUCCGCCUGUCUUCAAGGCGCGUUACGUUGCACGAGGCUUCAGUCAGCAACAGGGAGUUGACUUCUUCCAGACCUUCUCCCCUACCCCGAAGACGACCACUCUUCGGGUGCUGCUGCACGUCGCCGCUCAGCGUGACUACGAGCUUCACUCUCUUGACUUCAGCACAGCUUUCUUACAGGGCAGCCUGCAUGAGGAGAUCUGGCUGCGCCGCCCACCUGGCUUCACUGGGUCGUUUCCUGCAGGUACCCAGUGGAGCCUCCGACGGCCAGUCUACGGUCUCCGCCAGGCGCCUCACGAGUGGCACGACACACUGAGGACGACGCUUGCGGCUCUUGGGUUUGUUCCUUCUACUGCUGACCCGUCGCUGUUUCUACGCACCGACACUUCGCUAACGCCGUUCUACAUCCUCGUGUUUCUACUUUACUGCUGA